CAUUUUGGAAGAGGGGUCUGCAACCUUUCAAAAUGAGAUGCGAUUUAAAAAAAUCCACAGUCAAUUACCUGACAUAUUAUUCAUGGGCAAUUACUGUUCACCCGCAGUAACAGGCCAGUGAGAUGAGGUUUUCAGAAUAACUAGCACAAGGUGGGUUCCUAACUUUUACAAGUUUAUUUUCUCUUACAUCUCAGCGCUGUUUUAUUUAUUUCUGCAAACAAAUCAAGGUAUGAAAAUUGCCAUUUUUGCUUUCCAUAAGUGCAAUUACUGAAGGAACAGACUGUCCAGCGUUGCUGAGAUAAAAUAGUCGGUGCCAUUUCUCCGUGACUCAUCAGCCUUUGUUUGCCUCUGGACUGGAAUCACAUCAUACAAGUGUCAGUCUGAGCAUGGCACUCACCAUCAUGGCUGCAUGAGCCAGAGGUCUUGCCCUGUCUGAAUUGUCUCUUUGUGCGCUGAGAACACAGUUGUCUGUGAAGCACAACAGCAGACGAGUCAAGGAGCUCACGCAGCAACUUCAACUGAACGCCAGGAUGGGACAGUCUCAGACACGACCUGCUGGAGCGGCCCUUUCUGGGGCCAGGCCGCCCUCUCCCAGGACGUCGGCCACCCUCCAUGUGUCCGAGCCCUCUCAGAGGUUCUAUUACUACCACCAGCACUUUCCUUUCAGCUUUCCUGAAAGGCUUGUGAGCUACUCACCCCCUUACUCGCCGAGUCUCUUCAGGAGGCCAGAUCGACGUGCCUCUGGUGCUAGCGUUGUGGCCAUUGACAACAAGAUUGAACAGGCAAUGGAUCUCGUCAAGAACCACCUGAUGUAUGCCGUGCGGGAGGAGGUGGAGAUCCUCAAAGAGCAGAUCAAAGAGCUGGCAGAGAAGAACAACCAGCUCGAGAGGGAGAACUACCUGCUCAAGAACCUGGCCAGUCCGGAGCAGCUGGAGAAGUUCCAGUCCCGCAUCCCGACGGACGUGCUGUCACCCCUGGACAAUCAGAACGUCCAGCUGAGCCCAGAGCAGCAUCAGCAGCAGAGCAGUCACCACAGCGCUGGCUCUGCUGUAUAAGUGGCUCUGCCUUGGGGCGGGCAGAGCCACCCUUCUGCAUUAAUUGGCAUUGCCUCGUAUACAGUGCGCGUGAAGAGGAGGACCUCCUCCAGUAAUGGACCUCGAUUUAAACGCCAAUAAAAUCUCCGCCACCUGAGACCUCUUCGAUACAGUGGAGACGCAUCGGGGGCUGCAAGUGACCGAUGGGACACAAACGAACUUGACUGAAGAGCACAAACCAGAACUAAAGACAUUCUGACUGGUGCCGGGUCAGGCCUGUCCUGAAGCGCUGUCCAGCUCUUUGUCAUAGUCUCCAUUUGUAGGCACAGGUGUAAAGGCUAGAGAGGGCAGACUAGACACAGAUGAGUGCUCCCUCUCACAGGAGAGAGGGGAGGUUCCCCUCUUCUCUGCCCAAACUCUUCCAACAAGCACCCUUCACUCUGUGGGGGGUGGGGAGGUGCUGAUUGGGCUCGCCCUGCAGACGCUAAACCUGGAACAUCUGGGAACUUUGCUCCCUCAGGAUCCAGUGGAGACCCAUCUGAGACAGUCCUCCAAGUCCAAACAGUCCCGCCGCGUGGAUGUAACUCAUAUCAAAGCACACGUUGUAAAGGCUUGCACUUAUUUGCUCUACCUGCAGCGAAUUUCCGAUGUGUUGCUAUGAAACAAACCCCACGAGAGAAGUGGAGGUUGACACAUUUCUGAUGGAGCGAUCAGUAUCCUGUAAUGAUUCAUCCUGUACGGUUAGCAGUCGGGGCUUGCUGCUUUUGGGCGCCUUUGAUGUUAAAAUCUGCUUUAUCGGUUUGUAAUCCUGAACAAAAAUCAGUUUGUGCGUUAGGAUCAGUUUUAACAGCUGCUUUUGUAACCCAUUGGGCCGUGUUGUUCAACCAGCUCACACAACUACUGCUAGUGGCCUGUAAGCUCCCAGCCCUGAUUCUCUUUAGCAGUGUCAUCUCGGAUCCAGUCUCUUUGUUUUAUUUCUUGCUUGGAUGUCAACUUGAAAAACAAGGGCGCAGCAGGAGUGCCUGUUCAGUAGGAGAGGAUCACAUUUCCAAAGUGACUUUGGUUAUCGAUGUUUUGUAGCUACCAAAGACGUUGCUAUUUUUUUAUUAGAUUUUUAACACCGUAACAGAAGCUGCGUGAACCAGGACCAUGUGUGAAAUCGCACAGGGAGAAGUAUUGCCUGACGCUAGUGCUAAAGGUUCUGUAAAGAUGUGGGUAUUGUUGCUGUAAAGUAUCCUGAGAGCUGUUGUACACUGGUGUUUUGGAUACAACUGCACAUUUGCAAUAAACCAUAUGUUUACAUAAUGCA